UCUUAAUUUUAUUUCUCGUGUGAUUCCCAUGGGAAGGGUCUUUUCUAAAAGAUUGUAUGCUGCCACAUCAGGACCUUCAAAAGUUGUAUGGAUUUUUGGGGAUGAACUGAUUCAAUUGGCUGAGAGAAGAUCUGCUUUUAGACAUUCUACUGUUAAUUUAGGUUAUUCAGCAGAAUUUUCCAUAAACUGGUUUUCCUUUGCUGACCUUAAAAUUUCUGAUAUCUUCAAGAAUGUCAGCCUUAUAUAUUCAAAAAUGUCGAAACCUGACCUGUUUAUUUUACAUAUUGGCUCGUUUGAUUUGGGAAAAAUCAAAACGCAUUUGUUAAUUUAUGAAUUAAAAGAAUUGUUAUGUAAAAUAUGCUACUUACUUGAUGGUGUUGUACUCGUAUUUUCUGACAUCAUCCCAAAAUUUUCUUGGUUCAAUUCUGAGUUAUCCUUUCUGGAAACAAUUAGGAAAAGAAUUAAUAAAAAAAUGGAGAUUUAUUUGAAGGAAAUUGGUCAUGGCAAUUACAGACAUGUUGAAUUAGAAGGAUUCGUUAGAGGACUUUACCAAGAAAAGGAUGAUCAGCUUUCUGAUAUUGGAUGUGAUAUAUUCAUUUCAGAUUUGCAGAACAUAAUUGAUAAUGGUUUUUAUUAAAGGCUUGCAAUGUUUAUUGGGCCACUUGUUUUUAUGUGGCGUUGUGGGGUUAAGUCACUCUCUGAGUGGACUGAGUGUUAUAUGGUUUAUUGGUUUAAAUAUUUACUUAUUUAUAUUUGAGAAUAAAUUGGAUUAACCAGAUUAUAAUUAAUUGGUUAAGUAAUAAGCA